AUGGACACUGUACUCUUCCAAAAUCUUAAUAUCGAACCAGAAGUUUUCGAACAAUAUUUCAAACCACAUCUUGUGGACGGACAACAAUCAACUGUUGUUCAACUACUCACGUUACUUCAUCCGUACACAGACAGAGAGGUUCGGACUGAACCAUUGAGAAGUGCAAUUACAUCGUCGGCAGAAGAAAUGGAUGGAGCUGAUACAUUCGACAAUGAAGAUCAGGAUCCAACGGCUGUUGUCACACCGGACAUACGGGUGAUGGGAGUUAAAGGUCUACGUGUGGUUGACGCCAGUAUUAUGUCAAGUAUUGUAUCUGGUAAUAUAAAUAUUCUAACGAUUGCAAUGGCGGAAAGAGCAGACGACUCAAUAAAAAAACAAUGUAUAAUACGAUCGGACCAAGAGAACAUUUAUUGCUAA